AUGGAAAAAGAGAAAUUAAAUGAUGAUGGAAGAACAGACUCGGAGAUUUCCCUGGACUUUUCUGAGCAGUUUAAUCAACUUGAACUGUUGGAAACACAUGGACACCUUAUUCCAACUGGUACCCAAAGUCUCUGGGUGGGCAGUUCUGAUGAAGAUGAAGAACAAGAUGAAAAAACUGAAGAGUGGUAUCAAUUGCAAGAAAAAAAAAUGGAAAAGGAUCCAAGCAAAUUGCUUCUUUGGGCUGCUGAACAAAAUCGGCUAACUACAGUGCGGAGACUACUUUCUGAAAAGGCCACACAUGUCAAUACGAGAGAUGAAGAUGAGUAUACGCCCCUUCACCGAGCAGCCUACAGUGGGCACUUAGAUGUUGUCCGUGAGCUGAUUGCGCAAGGGGCCGACGUGCAUGCAGUGACUGUGGAUGGCUGGACGCCACUGCACAGUGCUUGCAAGUGGAAUAACACCAGAGUGGCCUCUUUCUUGCUUCAACAUGAUGCAGAUAUCAAUGCCCAAACCAACGGCCUCCUGACUCCCUUACACUUGGCUGCUGGCAACAGAGACAGCAAAGAUACCCUGGAGCUCCUUCUGAUGAACCGUUACAUCAAACCGAGUCUGAAAAACAACUUGGAUGAAACUGCUUUGGAUAUUGCCAGGAGGACAAGCAUCUAUCACUACCUCUUUGAAAUUGUGGAAGGUUGCACAAAUUCUUCACCUCAGUGUUAA